UUGGCACGGCAAUACACUUACGCGUGUAGCGUUUCGCAGAGAUGAGCCAACAACUCAACAUCAGUUGAAAGUUUGACGGCAGCAGCCAGUAAUCCGUGAGUUUCUUGCGCCUGAAAAGGGCGUUUGCGUUCGCUAAAUCUCAUUUCUUAACAAAACACCACCCGGAGCGGGACUUUUGAAUUGAGUACUCUCAUUCGAGAGUUUGAUUGCAUUACCGAAUCCGGUCCAAUUUCGGCGAUGAGUAGGUGCUGUCGAACUGGAAUCGCUCCAGUCGAUUGGAAACCAUCGUCAGAGCUGCACAAACAAUGUUCGAAGUGGAUCUUCUGACGGCGGGAGCCGUUGGUGUUAUCAUUUUGUCAAUCUACCACUACGUAGCGAAACAGUACGAGUACUUCCUGACGAAACCGGUGCCAUGCGUCAAGCCAACGUUUGGAUUCGGCAGCACCGCUCCGACGCUGUUCCGGACCAUGGAUAUAAGUUCGCUCGUCAAAAAGCUCUAUAACGCCUAUCCAGAUUCCAAAAUCUCGGGAUUCUACGAUCUUCUGAGGCCGAUCUACAUAUUGCGUGACCCGGAGGUGAUCAAGAAAAUCGCUGUGAAAGACUUCGAUUACUUCACGGAUCAUCAAGUAGCCAUAAACUUCCCGGAGGAUGAAGACGCCGGGAGCAGUUUGUUCGGGAACUCGCUGUUCUCCCUGCGUGGUCAGAAGUGGAGGGAUAUGCGGGCAACCCUAAGUCCGGCCUUUACGGGGAGCAAAAUGAGACAUAUGUUUGAGCUGGUGGCCGAAUGCGGUCGAUCGAUGGUGGAGUUUUUCGCAUCCGAAGCGAAAGCAGGAAAGACGUUGGAGUUCGAAAUGAAAGAUGUGUGUUCGCGCUUCUCGAAUGAUGUGAUCGCGACGGUAGCAUUCGGAAUCAGUGUGAAUUCACUCCGCGAUCGUGAAAAUGAGUUCUACGUGAACGGCAAACAAAUACUUAAUUUCCAAUCGAUUAUGGUGUUAAUUAAAUUUCUUCUGUUCCGAGCCUUCCCACGGUUGAUGCAAAAGCUAGAGGUGGAUUUUUCGGAUAGAAAAAUGACGGAAUAUUUCAAAAACAUGAUCAUAGACAAUAUGAAACAGCGGGAAGCGCAUGCAAUCGCGCGAAACGAUAUGAUUCAGAUGUUAAUGGAAGUUCGAAAAGGUGUGCUUAAACAUCAGAAAGAUGAACAGCAGACGAAAGACGCUGGAUUUGCGACAGUGGAGGAAUCCAGCGUCGGAAAAUCAACGCACACGAGGGAAUGGACCGAGAAUGAACUCAUAGCACAAUGUUUUCUAUUUUUCCUGGCAGGUUUUGACACUGUAUCAAGCUGUAUGACAUUCUUGGCAUAUGAGUUGACAGUUAACACGGAUAUUCAAAAACGACUCUACGAAGAAGUGCUGGAGACUGAUCAAUCCCUAGGCGGGAAACCACUCAACUACGACGCGUUACAGAAGAUGCAAUACAUGGAUAUGGUCGUAUCGGAAUCCCUUCGAAAGUGGCCUCCAUUCGUAGUUUCCGAUCGCCUCUGCGUCAAAAACUAUCGUUACGAUGACGGAUCCGGAGCACAGUUUACCGUAGAGAAAGGACAAACCAUGUGGUUCCCAACGAUUGCUCUCCACCGGGAUCCCAGAUACUAUCCUAAUCCUGAUCAAUUCGAUCCGGAACGCUUCAGCGAGGAGAACCGUUCGAGUAUCAACACCGGCGCCUAUAUACCGUUCGGUGUGGGACCCCGAAACUGCAUCGGAUCUCGACUGGCACUGAUGGAGGUCAAAUCGAUGGUUUACUAUUUGCUGAAGGAAUUCAGCUUCGAACCAACCGAGAAGACUCAGAUACCGCUGCGCCUGUCAAAAAGUGGAUUCGCCAUGCUUUCUGAAAAGGGCGUUUGGUUGGAGUUGAAACCGAGAAAGUGAAGCAAUGGCAUAAUUUCUUGUGUACCAGUGAAUGUAUGAAUGGCAUUAUGAAGUCUUUGAAACAAAAAAAAAAUUUGAUGCGCUUGUAUACCAAUAUCGAUACCUAAAUAUAUUACAUGUUAAUA